CAAUAUGUACCAGAUGGCAGCGUGAAAUAGAAAAGGAAAGAUGGCUGUGACUGUAGGCAUGUGCUUUUGUCGAACUUUAAUAUCGUUGAAUAAACGUGUUGUUCAGAGACAUCUUUCCUCAGGCUUAAAGGGCCAUUCAAGGUGUAGUUGGAUUUUGAGUAAUAUUCCUAAUUCGCAUGUUGCAUUUCAAAGAAAAAUUAGUCGAUUUUGUAAUAUGUUAUAUUCAUCAGAUAAGCUUAAUAACUCUAAGUUUGAAUCAUCUGGCGGUGAUAUAACUACUCCUGCCGACAGCGGCAACGCGAGUCCAAGGUCUUCUUUAGGUUUGGCUGACCAAAUAAUGAAAACAAAAUUCAAAGAAGAGAAGUCUUCAUCAUCAGAAAGUCAAUUAUCCGAUUCCAAAGACAAGCAAGAUAAACGAAAGUCGGAUGGUUUUUCCAAACGAGCCAUGAAAUACACAUUCAUAGCAUUUGGUUCACUGAUGUCAGGCAUUGCUGGUCUCUUAGUGUAUGAAUGGGGAGCUCCUCUCAAAGAUGAAAAUGGAAAUGUGAUCAAGGAUGAAUUCAGUGAAAUGUCAGCAUGGAAAGCUUACAUCCUUAGGACGUACAAGGAAAUCAGGUACUAUGACAAGAUGAUUAAAGAUCCAUCACGUGAGAAACUUCUGCCAGAUCCACUAACAGAGCCAUACUUUCAGCCUCCAUACACUCUUGUCCUAGAAAUGACAGAUGUCCUAGUCCAUCCUGAUUGGACGUAUCAAACAGGUUGGAGGUUUAAAAAGAGACCAGGAGUUGAUUUCUUCUUGCAGCAAGUGGCUCCACCAUUGUUUGAAGUGGUGAUUUAUACUGCAGAACAGGGUUUUACUGCAUUUCCCAUUAUUGACACUCUUGACCCCAAUGGUUUCAUCAUGUAUAGACUGUUCAGAGAUGCUACUCGCUACAUGGAAGGUCAUCAUGUGAAGGACUUAUCUUGUUUGAACAGAGACCUAUCCAAAGUCAUAUUUAUUGACUGCAAUGAAAAGUCUUUUCAACUUCAGCCUAAAAAUGCCUUGAAGCUGAAGAAGUGGGAUGGACGUGAUGAUGAUCGUGUUUUAGUAGACCUAGCAGUAUUUCUCAGAACUGUUGCCACAAGUGGUGUUGAAGAUGUGCGAUCUGUUUUAGAUUACUAUAGACAGUUUGAUGAUCCCUUGGGGGUGUUUAAGGAAAACCAAAGGCGAUUGCAGGAGGAACAAGAACGACAAAUGAAAGAACUGCAAGAAGAGAAGCAGAAAACUCUUGUGCAGUCAUGGACUAGUGGACUGUUUCGAAGACGUUGAUGGUGGAAGUUGUAGAACCAGAGGUUUUAGAUCAACAGAAGCUGGGAUAUGUUUCUUCUGUUUUGACAGUGUGUUAGUAGUCAGGAUGAGGAAGUAUCAUGUACAGACUUCAUGUGUCUCUUGUGGGAGUAAUUUGGCUUCAUGGAAAGCAAAUAAAAUAUCAGAUGGAAGUUCUUAGCUAAUGA